AUUGCAGCUCGACCUCAUGCCUCUCCUGUCAGGAGAAUGUUGUGUGACCAGUCAACUGGAAGAACAGUCUUCUAAAAUUUCUGCUGCAUACCUGAGUUUUUCUUUUGAGGGACCUCUCAUGACUCAGAAACAAAAACAAGAUUUAAAUCCUCUGAUUAUUAAGAUUUUGAGUGCAAAAUGCUUACCAGACACCCCUGUUUCAAUUGAAGAGCUGCAGUGCUGGUGUGAUCCUGUUUACUGCAAAUACAAAUUCCACAACUUGUCUCUCCGUCAAACACAAGGUCGCAAUCAUGGAACUGACGUCUUCUUCAAUGACAUCAAUGUGAUUCUAGCAGGGACAAUGGUACCUCAGGAAUUACGUGAAUAUCUAAGAGGGCCACCAUUGGAGAUUGAAGUUCAUGACCGAGACAAGAGAAUGGAAGCUAUCAUGAAAAAGCCUUCAUUGUUUGGAGACGAGCCAGGUGAUAGAGCAGUAACUUAUUUGAGCCCUGUCACCAGCAGAUAUAUGGUCCAGAUCCAGAAUUCUAUGAUAGCCAAGGAGGAAAUAUGGCAUCCAUAUGGAGUAGCCAAAAUCAGCCUGACUGAAUUAUUGCUGGGUGAAAAGCACUUGAAUAUCUGUGUACCAAUUCAGUGCUGCUCAAUUCAAGACAGAAGCAUCUCCCCAGCAGACAAUUUUAGCUGGAAGUCUGGAGCAGCUGAUAGUUCUCUGGGUGCACAUCUACCAAUGGGGCAUUACUUAGACUCGGAGGCUCAUCUUAAAGUGAGAGUUGAAAUUAGUAUACCAUUAAGUCCUGAAGAUGAAAUUGCUGGCGCUGGUACUGACUAUUGCCCUUAUGGCUGUAUCAUCUAUAUUUUUGAUUUUAAAAACAAAUUACUGCUUAGUUAUUUGCUGCAAGAGAUUACAGAAAUUAAUGCAAACGCUUUCCAACUUGAUUCUUAUCCCCUACAUAUAAUUCAGAAAUCUCUUAAUACAUUAAAACUGACUAGCAAGCUUACUCGAGAAGAGAUUUCCCAAUUGGACAUUAUUACUGGAUUUCACAUAAUGGAUGGAUCCAUUCACCUACUUGUUGUGGAAGGAAUGAAGGACAAAGCACUUAAGAAGAUGUGGAAUAAAAGAAUAGAUAGAAUACAAGAAGCUAAAAUUGGAAGAUUGGAAAUAUUCUAUAACUCUCAGAUGUCUUUCCAUCAGCGCUUGUAUGUAGAUCUUGAAGCAGUCUUGUUUCAUCUUCGUCUCUGCAAACCACUCUCAAGUAUCACAAGGCAGCCUUUGCUAUAUAUCAGGGACAUGGUUCCUCAGGCAUGCUUCCAAGCUCUAUCCAGGCUUGAUUACAUCUGCCACAGCAAGAAGUUAAGGGAUAUAGUACAUUACGAUCUGUUGCCCUCUGCAGAAAUGAUCAUUUCAUUGAGUCAGGAGUUUGGGAUCCCCUUGGCUAAAGAUGACCUGCUCAUUCAGCAGCCAUCAGAAAUCUUGGCAAUAUACAAGCACCCAUCUGCCUUCCAGAGAGGGCACAAGAGGCGCUCCCUUUUGGAUAACCAGAAUAAAUGGUACAUCCUGAGAAAAAGGGAAAUGGAAAGCCAGACACCAUGCAACUAUAUUCAGGUUAAUAUUGAGAAUGUGGACAUGCUUAGUAAGAUGAUGCAAAAUGAGACCCCUGGUAUUAUUAGAGCUUACCCUUCUGAUGGCAAGUCUGUCUUUAACUACAGCUCUCAGAAAUUGAAUUCAGCAGAAAUUGCAAAGUAUCUGCUUCGUCAGGAAAUGGCACAGGAACCAGGAAAAAGGUAUGCUUAUUCUGACAAAUAUAUCUCUGGCAUGUUUGACCCAGUGGAUGAAGUCAGUGCACGAAAGGAAUCCAUUCACUUUUCAAAGAAGAAGUGGCUGACAACACAAGGGUUUGUGUUUCCUGGCUUUAAGAGCAGUUUUGAAUCCAACAUGCAUCGUCAUAUGCCUGAUGAGGCACGAUUAGCGGAGCUAAGAGAGAAAUGGGAGGAGAACAUUCUUCACAGAAGCAUUUUGAAGCCAGUGCUGGAUCGUGACAGAUGGACUUGGGACAAACGUCAAAUUGAUUUUGACCUUUUCACAAAGCCUCCAUGUUCCCUUGUGGACCUUGACACCUGUGUUGUUGAGCCUCAAAAGGAUGCACGUUGCAACACAGCAUUCAAAGUGCACAGGUGCGCUCCAGCAACAGAACUCAUCUCCAGUGGACCAAAAGCCAGUUGCCAGCUAGCGCGCUUCCAAGGCCUCCUCAAGGAUAAACCAGUGAAAUUGGCCUUGAAGAGCCAUGGCAGAAGUAUACAGGAUAUACCAGCUGUGGGAAGUAUAGAGAGGGCAGAGAGUGACAUCUGCAGAGGAUUCAUCCCAGGCAGUGAUGAUUUUCACAGCUUGAAAUGGAGUAGAAAUGUAAUUCCCUGCCAUGACAGGGAAUAUAGAAUGUUUAAAACUUUGAAAGGAGCAGACUUUAGAUUGAGCUGUCAUAGCCAUUCAUUUGAAUGCAAGAGAAAACCUCCACAGAGAUGGCUUUUGAAGAAUAAAAUACCAACAUCAGGUGACAAGCAGGAUGAAGAUUUUGUUGCCCCCACAACAGUGAGUGAAGUUUGACAAGAGAGGCUGAACUGAUUUUGGGCCCUUCAGCACAGUUAGAAUCCAAUUAUACCAUGUUACUUAAUGACUGCAAACUUCAUGAAGAGGCCCUCCAUAAUUUACACUUACUUAUCAGCAAUUUUAUGGUGUAAGACCAAACUCUGAG